AUGCCCAAGAUGACACAGCAUCUUCAGGAGGAAUCGCGUUCGUCACAUCGCAGCCUCUUUCGUCCGACUCCUCAAUGUUCGGAACAUGUAGACUAUCAUGGGGGUGGCGCCUUUGGUCGAGCUUCCGCAGCCUUGCCAUUUUCCUAUACCCCGUAUACGAGAUAUCCCGGUGAACAAAGCGCUCGAGAUCGAGACUGCCUUUCUGCACCAGCGUUAUAUUAUGGUCCUGAGUAUGAUUCGUAUUCGAUGAACCAACAUCGACACUAUUACAGCAGUCCCAGUCCUCUCCCAUCACAAUACUCUGCUUCAUACCCCCUUUCUCCACAACAACGUCAGGAUUUCCCCAAAACAGAGAUUGCGGCAAACGAUUUCUUCUUACAGCAGACUGGUAUAUGCACUUGCAAGAAAUCCCGUGUUUUGCGUCGUCGGCUACGUGCGGACCGAAAUCAUGGUGGUUGCAUAGAACAAGCACGCAAGGUGACUCUCGAUCGCAACGCUGCUGCUUUCGAUAAAAAGUUUGUUGCACGUCCUGUUCCUACCCAACUCGAGGCAAAAGGCAGUGUGCCUUUAAGGCGAAAGUCAUCAAUAAGACAUACGAUAUGGAAGCCUGAGAUAGCGACUUCAGCCGAAACCCCUCAUGUGUCCACAAAUUCCAAUUUCCCUCUCGAGACAAGAAUGCCCUUUAUCGAUGGUUUUAACGAUGCCUCCCGGGAGCCCCAUACCAACCAAUUCGGCUGCAAGUGCCGCCGUUCGUUUUGUUUAAAAAAGUAUUGCGAAUGCUUUCAAAACGCAUCCCCGUGUGGCUUAAACUGCAAAUGUACCAAUUGCCAGAAUCUUCCGUCGCCCAUUUGCACAACGGCACUAUCCUCAUCAGAAACAGCUUCGCCACACCGGCGUCACGUGUCGAUGGAUACGGAGACCCCAGAACUGUCGCGCAGUAGCAAAAUUGAUAAAACGGAUCACUUGGCAAUGAUGGCGGCCGUUGCCAUGACGGAGUUGUUUGCCGCCAAGCCUAAAGAGAUCGAAGGGCAAGGAAGCGCUGACCAUCGCGAUGUUGCUCCCAAUGACGAGAAGUUUAUUCAUGAGACGAAAAUGGAGGUCGUGACACCUGAACUACCAACUCGACGCGUCCCAAAUUACCUGAACGAAUCCUUUCCUAGUAGAACCGGGCGCUUCUCCGCCUCAUCAGAACAAAUGCCUAUGCCGAAGAAGCGGAGAGUAUGCGCUCAGAAUCACACGGAAGAUCCUGAAGACCGCGCGGUGGUAUCUACAAGUUCGUCGAUCGGAAGUCACCCCUCGUCACCCCGGCACUAUCGACACCAUGCACCUUCUCCUCCGUCACCAUCACGCUAUCCUUACAUGGCAGUAUCAAUGCAAGACCCUCCAGCGGCACGAGCGUCACCUUUGUGCCUUCUGCCACCACACGGUCAUCAGAUAUCACCACCCCAAUAUCGAUGGGGUUCCCCUCCUCCAUACUUGCGUUCGACACCACCACCUUAUCCUCGAGGGUCGCCGUCUCCACAGUACAUGAGAACGUUCAACGCCAAAGCGCCCUCGCCGACCUAUCAAGAAGUCACGCGCAACUCUGGCUUACCCAAAUCACUUUCGUUCCGCAAGAUAUGUUCAAAAUGCGGCAAAUCUCGAGGGGAACAUGGAGAUCUUGGCUACGGUAACAAGUGCGUCUUCCAAGAAUGUGGAAAAUGCGGAGCGGGUCAGCAUGUACACGAUCUUGCUUGUCAAUCGAUGGGUAUUUUAUGCAAUUUGACGGUGGAAGAAGGGGCUACGCCUGGCGCGAGUCAAGCCUACGAACGCAAAAUUCGCGAUUUGGCUGCCCGCGCACAUUUUCAACGAGAGCUUUCUCGGCGGACAAAGGAAGAUGCAGAACGCCUCGUAGCAGCUGGUGCGCCCUAA